AUGAUUUGCACAGAACUAUUUGCCUCCAGAAAUAAUACCCUACACAAGGACUGUUCUCCAGAUUGUUCCGGAAGGAAGAGAGUCAGAAGAAUUCCACUCAGAAGAAGCUACUGCUGGUUGAGAGGCUGUUGCCCAGGCAGAGAUGACAACUGCAUCUUCCAAUACAGUGUCAGAAAUGCCACAUGCUACUGUGAUGAAUUUUGUACUUCAGAACCUCCUGAUUCUAUUGACUGCUGCCCAGACUUCUGGCUGGUUUGCCACAAGCAUACUCCAGAGCAUGUAAGACCUCCGGUACACCAAUGGGGUUGCUUCAAAGAUGGCCAGCAUUAUGAAGAAGGAGGAACAUUUAAAGAUAACUGCAACCGUUGCGAGUGUGUAGACAGUCAUUGGAGAUGCACAAAUGAAACGUGCCUCAUUCAGCCCAAAUUAAUUGAGCAAAUCAACAGCGGGACCUACGGAUGGAAAGCGGAUAACUACAGUCAGUUCUGGGGAAUGACCUUGAAAGAAGGUUUCAAUUAUCGCCUUGGCACAUUUCACCCAUCGGCUGCCCUUCUGGACAUGCGACCUGUCACGGAAAACACGGCAGCUGUUGCUGACUUUCCUGAAUUCUUUGUGGCUUCCUACGAAUGGCCAGACUGGAUUCAUGAUCCUUUGGACCAAAGAAACUGUGCAGCAUCCUGGGCGUUUUCCACUGCAAGUGUGGCUGCAGAUAGAGUAGCAAUUCAUUCCCAAGGCCGUUUCACGGACAAUCUUUCACCUCAAAAUCUGGUAUCUUGUGCUGUCAAGAAUCAGCAUGGCUGCAAAGGAGGAAGCAUAAGCAACGCUUGGUCUUAUAUCAAAAAACAUGGGCUGGUAUCCCAUGCCUGCUACCCUUUAUUCUGGAACCAGCUUCACCCGAUGACUUGUGCCAUUACAAGUGUGUUUGAUGCUGAAGGGAAAAGACGGGCCACAAAGCCAUGUCCAAAUCAGUUUGAAACAUCAAACCGCAUUUAUCAGUGUGGCUCUCCCUACCGAAUCUCUUCAAAGGAGGCCGAUAUAAUGAGAGAAAUCAGAGAAAAUGGUCCAGUGCAAGCCAUCAUGAAAGUAUACGAUGAUUUCUUCCUUUAUAAGAGCGGGAUUUAUAGGCAUACCACUGAAGGACCACAGCAUGAGCACCAGGAGAGACUCCAUUCUGUCAAAUUAGUUGGGUGGGGCAUGCUAGAAGAUGCUGAGGGCCAAUGGCAAAAAUAUUGGGUUGCGGCAAAUUCCUGGGGAAUUUCCUGGGGAGAAAGCGGUUAUUUCAGGAUUUUACGAGGACAAAAUGAAUGCGAUAUUGAAAAACUGAUCAUAGCUACCAAAUGUCACCUUUAAGAGAUAUUCAUUAUGACCGCAAUUUUGUUCUACAUAUUUUUUGUACAAAUGGAAUAUAUAACCUCUAACCUCAAUAUGGGCAUACUUAUAUUUUUUAUUUUCUCUUCGCUAAAUAUGCUACAUUUCUAUGUCAGAUGUAAGACUGUCAGUGAACACUUAAAUGUCAGUCCAGCACAAUGAAAGACUCUUAUUACCUGUCUUAACUUCACUUUUACUGGUAUUUAGAUCAGUGGUCACCAACCAGUGGUCCAUGAGAAAAUUUUGGUGGUCCGCAGAAAAAUUAUUUGCAUUUUUUAUAUUGCACUAAAUACUAUUUAUCUUUUUAAAAAAUUCGUAUUAGUGGUCCUCGGGAUUUAAAAUUAUGAAUUUAAUGGUCCCUGAGGUCCGAAAGGUUGGUGACCCCUGAUUUAGAUGAUCAUAUUCAUUAUUGGAACAGUCCAAAUGCAGUAAACAUGGAAUGAGAACAAUUGGGUUGAUGUCUUUCUUUUCUUCUGAAUUGUGAUCAAUAUUAGUCUUGUGAGAUUGUGUAUUUUUAACCACCAGAGUCCCUGAGAAAAAUGCAUCUUAAAAAAAACAGAACUGGCUUGCUUCAAAAAGAGCAGAUGAAUAUCAUUAUUUAAUUAUAUUUAUAAUCACAUGCCUUUGUAUCCUUUCUUUGCUUGAACGUAUUUUUUGCAUGACUAUGUCUUUCAAAGGAGUUAAGAGAGACCUAUUGAUAGCUAAGAAUAAUCAUGGCUGGCUGUUUCAUUCCUGCCUCUGAAAACUAAUUUGCUGGAUUAUAGCAGUGCAGGAAUACUUUCAUGCCUUUCUUCUCCCCCCACCCCACCCCUCAGAAGUAUUUUUAUUAACUGUAUAAAACAGGG